CCCCUGACACUUUUUUUUUUUUUUAAAUUUUACUCUUCACAGAUUGUGUAAUAAUGAACUGUGUCUUAAAUCUUCAUGUUCCAGGUUGAUUUUAAUGAUGGAAAGUUGGAUUCUGAUGAUCCUGGUUAUUGUGUCGGGUGUCCAGAGCGGAGACUGGGGGGUGACCUUUGAAAACCAAUGUGCUUUGAAAGGGGCAUCAGUAGUUAUAAAGUGCAGCUAUAGUUACCCUUUUGCUCAUAUUGUCACUUCAGUGAGCUGGGGUAGAAUCCUGUAUGUAUCUGGCCAGCGGAAGUUGUUUCUCCUCUCUAGUCUCUCUUCACCCCAAAACCACUAUAAAUAUGUUGGCAACUACUAUGGUAACUGUGAUCUGCAGAUCAACAAUGUACAAAACAAUGACGAAGGAGAAUACUAUUUUCGGUUCGUGACAACGUUCAACAAAUGGACAAGUAAAACCUUUGUUCAUUUGUCUGUAAAAGAGUUGACCGCUGUUGUAGAGCCGAGCACUGUGACAGAGGGAAAUUAUGUCAAUUUGACCUGUCUGUCAGCUUGUCCCACACCUACAACCAUUGUCUGGUUUAGAGAUGGACAACUUGUACAGAAACCAGUCUUCCAGGCCAUGAGAGAGGAUGCUGGGCGGUACUACUGUGCUGUCCCGGGACAACAGACAGUCAGAUCUGCCCCUGUGGCUCUCAAUGUUCUAUACGCUCCUAAGAAAGUAACACUGUCGGUGAACCAAUCAGGAGGCGUCGUGAGAGGAAGUUCAGUGACUUUCACCUGCAGCAGUGAAGCAAACCCACCUGUGAGACAAAGUGGGUACAGCCUGUACAAGGAUGGACAGUUUAUCAGCUCGGGACAGAGACACAUCAUCUCUGACAUCCAGUCCAGCCACAGUGGACAAUACCACUGUCAGGCCUGGAAUAGCAUCAGCUGGAGGGACGUUCACUUGAUUAACUCUACUGAGAUUCACCUUGAUGUGUGGUACCCUCCAAUGGACAUUUCAGUCUCAGUGGAUCCAGCACAAGUUGCUGAAGGCAGCAGUGUGAAUCUGACCUGCAGCAGUGUGGCCAACCCUGCGGCCGACAGCUACACCUGGUACAAGAGGACAACAGGCUCUCCCAGCUCCAGCUCCUUGCUCCAGGUGGGAACAGGACAGGUGCUGUCUCUUUCCUCUGUGGAGGCGUCCCACGCUGGACUCUACCUCUGCCGGGCCAGGAACAGACUCGGGGAAGACAACUCAACAGAGGUGCCGCUGACCAUCGAGGGAAAGGGGGAUGGCAGGCACACCCUCCCAGUGUUAGCCGGAGUUGGUGUCGUUCUUUUUGUGACACUUAUAACAGCUCUUCUUUUGUUCUGGAGGAAACAGAGAAUCCUGAGAGAGAAAAAACAACAGCAGCAGCAGACUGAGUUUGAUUCCAGGUUCAGUGGAAGAGGCUCGAGCGCCUCAGCCAAUCAGGUCCAGUUAGACCCUCUUUAUGCCAACAUCCAUACAUCUCAGUCCUCAUCUCCGCUGGACAUCGCUCCUCAGUCACAGAGGAACUGGCAGAAUGAACAUGAUGUAAAUAUGGCUUCCACUUCCUUUGAGGAUGAAGUUACCUACUCAGUCGUGACCAUCAAACCCAGAAACCACACUCUUCCACAUCACAUAAACAACAGCAAAGCUCCACGAGACUCCUGGUCCAGAGCAGGAGAGAGUGACAGCUCUGUGAUCUACGCCACUGUGGCCAGUUCAUCCAAACAACUACCCUAAAAUAACACAGCUUUCACAAGUGUUAAAAGGUUGAAAAUGUCCUUUUGUCAUUCUUUGUAUUCUUUGUAUGAUGUAUUUAUUAUAUUUCUGAUUUUGUAAGGAUUUAUGUCUCUUUAUAGUUUGUACAGUAAAGCUUACUGUAGGCCAACGUAGGUAUUUCAUUUUACCGGGAAUAUGAGACUGUUGGGGAAAAAGAAAUCCUGACAUACCAAAUAUCUGGCUUUAUAGUUUUGUAUUGUGUGUAGGAUACUGUAUACUACAGUGUAUUUAUUCUGUGUAACAGUGUACAGAAAUAUUACAAAGAAUAAAUGUGACAUAAUCACAAAAUGACUGUGGACAGGUAGUUUUUAAUUAAGGCUUUACUUUAAUACAAUAUUCAAUGCAGCAAUUUACAUUUUACAAUACUUAUUUCUCUUGUACACAUCAUGGCUGCUAUAAAUGUACACACUGUACAUUUAUUUUAUUUCAAAUGGGGGUGUGUAGUAUGGGCCUUUACGAUGCACUUGUAUAAAUCAUACAUCUUUUGAGCAGUUUCUAUGUCGGACUUGUUCAAAUUACAUUUCAUUUUGUUUAGUCAAAAGCUAAAGAUCAGUGCAGAGCGUUACAAUUUCUUUAGAAAAAAGUUGAAAAAAUAGUGCUCACAUCCAGGCCAGGCGCAGGACAAAGGUUCAGUGAUAGCUACAGGUACUCACAGGUACAGUAAAGUCUUCUGUAGUGUAUAAUAUGUAGUGAAAGAUAUAUUUUAUGAGAACACGAUUUAUGUUGUUAUUGCACUCUUGGCUCUAAGAUCUGUGGCCCAUUUAGACAUUUCUAACAUCUCUGAUAUAAACAUCUA